GCGUUGUGUUCAUCUCUAUAGAGCAUAGACAAAUGUCUUGGAACAGCGAGUCGGUGACAGCACUCCUCAGUCCUCGGUCAGUCCCAAACUCCAACGUCCUCUUCUCUAUUCCCGACGACCCGAAUUCCCGUUCACAGCCGCGUAGCCUCGGCGCCGUAUAAGGGAGUUAUUUUGGGUAAUGGAUAACGAUUGGCGAGGGAAAGUAUUAGAGAAAAAUGACAAGGAAGAAAUAUUUGAAGCGAUUGAUGAACUAAAAGUGGGGAUGGAGGUGAGUAAUGAAGCUGAAGCUUACAAUCUAUGCAACAUAUAUGCCUUUAAGAAAGGUUUUAGUAUCCGUAAAGGGAAUAUUCGAAGAGAUUCCCACAAUAAUGUCCGGCAGCGUGACUUUUUUUGUUCAAAAGAAGGGUUUCAACCAGAUGAAGAUUUGUGUGAAGUGAAGAAGGUGAGAAGACUAGACACUAGAACAGGCUGUAAGGCUAUGAUUCGAUUCACUGUGGACAAUGGCGUGUGGAAGAUCAGUCACCUCAACCCAGAUCAUAAUCAUGAGUUUGCUAGGCCUGAAGAAAGACAGUUUCUACGAUCAGGUAGACAUAUACCAGGUGUGCGCGCAGCACUCAUUAGCUCUAUGGUUGAUGGGAGUCCAAAACCAACACAAUCGUAUUCCCUCUUGGGAAAAGAAUCUGGCAGCACUGAGAAUGUUGGGUCCACUAAUAAGGGUUGUCAUAAUUGUUUGCAAAGGAAGAAUGAAGAAAUGUUAGAAGGACGGGAUGGACAAAGUUUAUUAAACUAUUUUAGGCAUAAACAGGCGGAGGAUCCAAACUUUUUUUACAGUGUUCAAGUGGACCAAUUUAACCGGGCGACCAAUUUUUUCUGGAGAGAUAGUAGAUCAAAGUUGGAUUAUGAUUGCUUUGGAGAUGCUGUAUGCUUUGACACCACAUUUCGAACCAGGAAAUACAAUCUCAUUUGUGCUCCCUUUGUGGGAGUUAAUCACCACUGCAAGAAUGUCUUAUUUGGUUGUGCUUUUAUGUCGGAUGUGAGUGCUGACUCAAUUACUUGGUUGCUGGAAACAUUUAUGGUGUCAAUGGGAAAUAAACAACCGAAAACUAUAUUCACAGAUGAGGAUAUUGCAAUGGGAAAUGCAAUGGUAAGUAUUCUUCCUGAGACACGCCAUCGACUAUGCAUAUGGCACAUCUCUAAGAACGCUGCACAGUAUCUUGGAUCUCAUAGUACUAAUCCUGAGUUCAAGGAGCACUUUAACAAAUGCUUUCAUGAUUGUCUCACUGAAGCUGAAUUUGAAGCUACGUGGAAUGACAUGAUUAUUAAGUUCAACCUUGAAGGUAAUGUGUGGCUGAAAAAGCUAUAUUCACUUCGGGAAAAAUGGUGCCCUGCUUUUAGCUUAGAUACUUACACAGCGAAUAUUAGAUCCCCCCAUAGAGGCGAGAGCAUAACUGGUACUUUUCAUCAAGUUUCUACAAAAACAAUGGAUCUCAUUGGUCUUGUCCACCAUUACGAGAAAAAAACAAGAGUGCUGCGCACAGCAGAGUUGGAGGAGGAUUUUCGUUGUAAAAAUGGUACGCCUCAUCUUAGAGUAAAUAGUGGUAUCUUUAAGCAUGCAUCUGCUGAGUACACUGUCAAAAUGUAUUCAUACUUUGAAAAUGAGCUUAUGAGUAUCUUUGCUGUGAGGAUGAUAGAAGUUGGUAAUGAUGGCAACCAAUAUAUUUACGAAGCAAUCGAAGAAGGUAAUCAAAGAGCCUACAUGAUUGACUACAACUCCACUACUGCCAUGGUUUCGUGUUCUUGUAAGUUAUUUGAAUCCAUGGGGAUUUUGUGCCGGCAUUCCCUAAAAGUUUUGGACUUAAAAAACUUCACUUGCUUACCACCCCAAUACAUAAUGAAGAGAUGGACUAAAGGGGCAAAGAAAAGGGUUGCAGUGAGUGGCGAUUCAUUUGAGUCGUCAUACAAAAUGGGGAAAUCUUCCCAGUCGUCACGGCUAAGUUCAUUGAUGCAUGAAGCAAAUAAUGUUUUCAGUGUAGCUGCAUUAUGUGAUUCGGGAACAAGAAUCGUCAGACGAAAGUUAGAGGAAGCGAUCAAGUUACUUGAAAGUGAUGAGGUAACCACUUCCAUGGUGGGAAAUUUGAGCAAAGUAGAUGACUAAUUUGUUCGUGAUGUGCUUGAUAAGUGAAGGUAGUUGGGCGAAACCGGAAAGAGAGAAUGUGUAAGGUUUUGCUGUUUUGUGCCAAAGAUUGCAUUUGUGUAAGAUGUUGGAAACUUGAGUUUUCUAUUUUGUUCUUCUUUGGCAGAAGAUGUAAUAUAGAUUCUCUCUUUUAAGUAAGCAUAUCAUUUGGUCUCUGAGAUUAUGUUUUUUCUCUCAUAAUUUGGUUCUGCUGUAAUCUUUUCCUUUUGGACUCUUAUUGCUUCAACCUUUGCAAUGAUACAAUUUUAGUUAGAUGAAA